CAACGUGCGUGUUGUAUCACUCGCUGUGUUCUCUUAUUAUCUCAUUAUUUCACCCUCUUUUCCCUAUAGAUUCCGAGAUAUUGUCAUCAAACGGGUACAAGUACUGUUCAACGCAUCUAACGAUAAAUUAUCAAGGGAGUGAAUUGGGGGUGUGUAUUUAUUAGUUGAUGAUAAUUAGUUAUUUUAUUUGAAUUUUGUUGGGGGAUAUAAAGUGUGAUUUGUUAUUCUGCCCGUUCAUAGAACAGAAGAGAACAGAACAGGACUGAAUAACCUAAAAAGGAGAGCAAGAUUGAUUUGUCAAACGGCGCGAAGGGGAGUGGAGAGGAGUGGCGCGAGUACGAUGGCGAUGACGAGAGGUCGUAGCGCCCUCCUGAACGUGGAAACACUGGUGGUCCUGACUGUUGUUGUUGCGACAACCCUAGACUUUGGCGCCAGUGCAUCACCAUCCCAUAGAAGUAGACAUCAUGCUGACCUAUCCCACGAGGAGAUAAGUCAACAGAGUUCACUGAGUCAACAGCAGCACCAGUCCCAGCAGCAGCAACAGUCGAAAAGAGUACCCCACGUGAUGGAGGAGCCACUGCCCCAUGCAGAGGCGCAGAGCAGUCCAGACGAUCCUCUAGUAGUACAAACCAGGAAAGGACGUGUACGGGGUGCGACAUUGACAGCACCCAGUGGCAAAAAAGUCGAUGCCUUUUACAGCAUACCCUACGCCCAAAAGCCCAUUGGACGUCUCAGAUUUCGGCAUCCUCGGUCCGUGGACAAAUGGGAUGGCAUUCUAAAUGCCACCAAAUUACCAAAUAGUUGUGUGCAAAUAUAUGAUGAGGUGUUCGGUGAUUUCUCUGGUGCAACCAUGUGGAAUCCCAACACCGAACUGAGCGAGGACUGUCUAUAUGUGAAUGUCGUGGUGCCUCAUCCCAGGCCGAACAAUGCGGCUGUCAUGGUGUGGAUAUUUGGCGGUGGAUUUUACUCUGGCUCGGCUACCCUUGAUGUUUACGACGCCAAGACAAUCGUCUCUGAGGAGAACAUCAUACUCGUAUCCAUGCAAUACAGGGUAGCGAGUCUCGGCUUUCUUUAUUUCGGCACGGCAGACGUGCCUGGCAAUGCUGGACUGUUUGACCAGACAAUGGCACUACAGUGGAUCAGGGAUAAUAUAGCAGCUUUUGGGGGCAACCCCGAGAAUAUCACGCUUUUCGGUGAAAGUGCCGGAGCCGUCUCCGUAUCCAUGCAUCUACUUUCACCAUUAUCUAGAAACUUAUUCAAUCAAGCGAUAAUGCAGUCCGGUUCGCCAACAGCCCCCUGGGCGAUAAUAUCCCGUGAAGAGUCAAUAGUACGCGGACUGCGGCUAGCUGAGGCAGUGGAGUGUCCGCACGAUCGGAAUGAUCUUCAGAAAGUGAUUGAUUGUUUGAUGGAAAAAGAUCCACGGGUACUCGUGAACAAUGAGUCGGGUACACUCGGUAUAUGUGAAUUUCCAUUUGUCCCGGUUAUUGAUGGUGCUUUUCUCGAUGAGACACCGGGACAAUCACUGGCAACAUCAUCAUUCAAAAAAGCCAAUAUCCUCAUGGGCUCAAACUCUGACGAGGGCUUUUAUUUCAUUAUUUAUUAUUUGACAGAACUAUUUCGUAUUGACGGAGCUGAGGAUGUUAAAGUGUCACGCGAAGAAUUCGUCAAAGCUGUGGCUGAAUUAAAUCCGUAUGUGAAUCAAUUUGGAAGACACGCGAUAACGUAUGAGUACACUAAUUGGUUGCAUCCUGAUGAUCCGGACGCUAAUCGUGAUGCAUUGGAUAAAAUCGUUGGUGAUUAUCAGUUUACGUGUAAUGUUAAUGAAUUUGCUGGUCGUUAUGCUGAGACUGGUAAUACAGUGUAUAUGUAUUACUAUAAGCACAGAUCAUUGCAUAAUCCAUGGCCGAGGUGGACUGGUGUUAUGCAUGCCGAUGAAAUAAGUUACAUAUUUGGUGAGCCACUGGAUUCCAGUAAAAAGUACACCAAGGAAGAGGUACAUUUGUCCAAGAGAAUGAUGCGUUAUUGGGCCAAUUUCGCCAAGACUGGAGAUCCCAAUAUGGGAGACGAUGGCUCGUGGACGGAAGCCUUCUGGCCCCGUCAUACAUUCAAGGAUAAAGAGUACCUGACACUCGACACAAACACGUCAGACGUCGGCUACGGCAUUCGAACGCGCCAAUGUGCAUUCUGGAAGAAGUAUCUGCCACAACUGCUCGCUGCAACCUCAAAACUGGAGAUGUCCUCAAAGGAAACAUGCGGCAGUAGCAGCCACAGUCUCCAUCACACCUUAAUACUCACUCUGGCAUUAAUCAGUAUCUUAAUAAACACGGGAGUACUCAGCAGCAUGUUGCCAUCAUCAAGGAGCAUCCUCGUCUAAUCAACGAGCAACAACACACAAGUAUCUUCCUUUUCACUGAACUCACUUCCAGCUUUUCAUUUACCAAGGGUUUUACUCCAUGCGUUUAGUGGAAAUUACGUAUUCGGAGGAGCUGGCAGGGUCUAGCCCUCCCAGUGAUUCAGGAUUUUAUUUGUCUUGCAUUACGUUAGGGAGGGCCUUUUAUCACAAAAAUUAUUUUACCAACAAAAAAAAAGUAUAGUAUGAUACAAAACAACGGCAGACAUAUCAAGUUGGCGCGCGCGCUCCAGGGUUUUACCGGGGAUAAUCGAGCGACGAUGGUUGAACGUUACCCGAGAGAAUCGCUUCCUCGAGCUGCCUCGCGGGAAGAACGACGAGACCCUUGGGGACAUCAAGGGAAUUUUCUAACCACUCCUUUCCCCUUUUACUGCUUCUGCUUGCUACGGACAUUCACAUCUCAAAUGCUUCGGAGUGGGAAAAUUAAAGGGGGGAGUGGAACGGUGGAUAAAAAAAUAGAGGGACAAAGUGCUUUGUUCGAUUUAGCUGAAGUACUGGGUAAACUAGUCCAUUUAUUUUCAUGGAAAUCCGAACUUUUUCCCCCUUAUUUUGCGGUGGACUGCGGAUUCUAUUGGAACAUUUCUGAGAUUUUUGUGUGGAAUUAAUAUCAAAAUUCAAUGGAAAAUAAUCAAUUGAAUGGAUAUUUUUUUUUCGGAAGAAAAAAAAUA